UAGAUGUUGAGUUGCUUCCUGUUUUUAUUCUGUUUUUCGGAUUCUUUGCCGGAUUCACGGCGCGUCGUGGAGCGUUGCGUAAAGGACGGACUGGUGUCGCUUUGACCGGUGAUGGUUUCCAGUCAGAACCGAACCAGUUCAUGGGAGUUUGACGUCUUUCUCACACACGGGUCUUUUUUAAACCCAGCUGAAUUUCAGAUUACUUACACAUCUCAUGUGCAGAGCGCACGUGACGGUACCGUCUGUUUUCUGAGGACCCGUGUGCGUGAACAGCUGCUUUUUGUAUCGAGCCCGAAUGUUCGUUCGUCUCCGCAUUAUUUUCUCCAGACCUGAAGGACCAUUGACGCGUUUGCUGCUGCUGCUGAGUAUCCACCAUGAUUUCCUCUAAACGGCCACAGGUUGCAGCUUAUCACUGAUCCACCGACGAGGCUUUCGAGUCGAUGGAAACAAGCAGCCUUUAAUCCAGACAGGAUUCCUCCUCCUCUGCGGUAACCGUGUGCGAGGGCCACUGGGAGUACAAGCAUCGAGUCAAGGACACGCUCAGUUCUGGAGCGAGAGAAUGAGCCUCUGAGGAGUCCAGAGCGUCUUAAUGAAUUCCGAGGAAUCUUAAAACAAACAGUGGAGCGGUGCAGCGGUUCCUCGCUGAGAGGCCGAGAACCCACGUGGACGUGGACCAUGCGCUGCCUGCUGACGGCGGCGCUGCUGUGGGUCAGCUGCCUGCGGCCGGCGCCCGCCGCGGCGGACGAUGACGUCACGCCUCGCAUCAGCUUCGCGUACGCUGCAAAGGAGCGGUCGGCCAGGAGGUUCUCCGCGGACGGCGUCUCCAACUACACGUCUCUGCUGCUGAGCCAGGAGGACGACAUGCUGUACGUGGGGGCCAGGGAGGCGCUGUUUGCCCUCACGCUGUCCGACAUCAGCAAGACCAAGCUGCAGAAGAACCUGAAGUGGAGCACGCCAGCAGGAAAGCGAGAGGAGUGCAGCUUCAAAGGGAAGAACCUGGAGACUGAUUGCUUCAAUUACAUAAAAAUCCUCCUGCGGCUGAACAGCACUCACCUCUACGUGUGCGGCACCUAUGCCUUCAGCCCCAUCUGCGCCUACAUUAACACGUCGACAUUCACGCUGGUGCGAGACAGGGAGGGCGAGGUCGUGAUGGAGGACGGGCGCAGCCGCUGUCCCUUCAACCCCGAGUACAAAUCCACCGCCAUCAUCGUCGAUGGUGAGUUGUACACGGGUACAGCCAGUAACUUCCAGGGAAAUGAACCAGUCAUUUACAAGAGUUUAGGCCAAGGAACAGCACUGAAGACGGAGAACUCUCUGAAAUGGCUGCAAGACCCCGUUUUCGUCGGGUCGGCCUACAUCGAGGAGAGCCAGCCGACGGGCAACGCCGUGGGCGACGACGACAAGGUUUACUUCUUCUUCAGCGAAGCGGGGAAGGAAUUCGACUUCUUCGACAACACCAUUGUGUCGAGGAUCGCCCGCGUGUGUAAGGGCGAUAAAGGAGGUGAGAGGGUUCUGCAGAAGAAAUGGACCACGUUCCUGAAGGCUCAGCUCUUGUGCUCCCUCCCUGAUGACGGGUUCCCCUUUAACAUAAUCCAGGACAUGUUUGUCCUGAAGCCGAUGGGAGACAGCUGGGAGAGCACGGUGUUUUACGGAGUCUUCACCUCGCAGUGGUACAAAGGCGCCUCCGGCAGCUCGGCGGUGUGCGCUUUCACCAUGGCGCAGGUGGAGAGAGCCUUCAGCGGGCGCUACCGCGAGGUGAACAGGGAGACGCAGCAGUGGUACACGUACAACCACCCGGUGCCAGAGCCGCGGCCCGGAGCGUGUGUGACCAACCACGCACGGCAGAUGGGGAUCCAGUCGUCGCUGCACAUGCCCGACAAGGUGCUCAACUUCGUCAAGGACCACUUCCUGAUGGACGGCGUGAUCCGCAGCACGCCGCUGCUGCUGAAGCGCAGCGUGCGCUACACGCAGAUCGCCGUCCACAAGAUCCAGGGCAUGGAGCGGGCGUACGACGUGCUCUUCAUCGGAACAGACGACGGGAAGCUGCACAAAGCCAUCAACGCCAACGAUAAGAUGCACAUCAUCGAGGAGCUGGUUCUGUUCUCUGAGCCUCAGCCUGUGCAGCACAUUGAACUGGAUCCUCAGAGGGGCCUGCUGUUCGUCUCGUCCCACUCCGGCCUGGUGGAGGUCCCUGUCGCCAACUGCUCCAACUACCUGAGCUGCGGCGAGUGUGUGCUGUCCAGAGAUCCCUACUGCGCCUGGACCGGGCGCCAGUGCCGGGACGUCAGGAUGGCCCCCCCCGACAGCCACUGGCAGCAGGAUGUGGAGGAGGCCGACACAUCGGCGAUCUGCAACAGGACGUUCCUCAGCGGCAGAUCAAACAGGCCACCGGCUUCUCGUGGCUCCAGCUGCCAAGUCAUCACAAUCCCAGCCAACACGUUCAGAGUUCUGCCCUGUAAGCUCAGGUCCAACUUGGCCCAGAGGAGGUGGCGCCACAGCGACGGCGCCAGCCAGUUCCUGUACGCGACCCCCGAGGGAAACCUGGUGGUGGUGGCGCAGGCCGAGCGCGCCGAGACCUACGAGUGCUGGUCGGAGGAGGAGGGCUUCCGCCAGCUGCUGGCCAAUUACUGCGUGAGGGCGGAGCCGCGUCAGGAGAGCACCACUCUGAUUGGGCACUCGCGCACGCCGCACGUGAAGCGCGAGGAGACCAUCAUCCUGCCCGGGAGGUCGCGGUCGGAGCAGGUCCACACCAAGACGUACUGGAACGAGCUGAUCGUGGUGUGCGCCCUGCUCGCCUUCUCCCUCGUCGUCUUCUCCCUGUUCGUCAUCUACCGGAACCGCGACCACAUGAAGUCCGUGCUGAAGCAGGGCGAGUGCGCCAACAUGCCGCAGAAGAAGCCGCGAAUGGCGGGGAAGCCGGCCGAGAGCCUGCCGCUCAACGGCAACACCAUCCCCGUGUCCACGUCGGACCACAAGGGCUACCAGACGCUCAACGACAACUACAUCUGCAGCACGCCCACGCACGAGUCCUCGCCCGACAACAGCAAGAGCUUCUCGGAGGCGUCCGACAGGCGGCCGCUCGGCCCGAAGGAGAGCCACGUGGAGUACUCGCCCACCUGCCCGCGGCCCAGAGUGCGGCUGGGCUCGGAGAUCAAGGACUCCAUCGUCUGAGAGCAGCGGCGCCCGCUGACAGACGCGACCCUGCACGUCCAGGACGGACUCGGGCCACGGGGCGACGGAGGGGGGGCCCGGCCGACAUCACAGCACCUUUUAUUUCAGCCAUCCGUGUUCUGUGAUCAGCGCAGAGGGCAUUUCAUUUAGCCAGUUCCACUCCAAAGCUGGAGGUUGGUCGGAUUCGCUGCAGGGAACGAUCCGAGGACGCGGCGCGAGCGUCCGUCUCACCGAACCAUGGCAGCUGCUCACAAUAGUCGUAUUAACCCUUUUUUUGUCAUUACCAUAACCACUAACAGCAAACGUGUGUGUUAGUGUAGGGCUGAACAAUAAGGAGGAAAAAGACCUUCCUCCCCAUCAGUAUUUAUCUCUAGAUAUGCAAGAAUCAACCAGUCUAGUUGAUGUCCAUCCCAUGACACGAUAUAGAGUAAUAAGAACAACAGACAAUGAAUUAUGAACAUCCAUGUGUUUUCCAGCCCCAGUUCAGGAUGUGCGAGCUUGCACACGCAGCGCAGAAGAUGGCUGCUGAUACACUGAUACUGUUAUUAUGCACACUAGAACCAAGCUGCAGCUGCAGCGGCGAGCGAGACUUCAGGUUUUAGAGACUUUACCACAUGUUCAUUGCGAUCCACACGUGACGGGAGCCGGUCAGUCACAGAGCGCGUUUGUUCCCGUGUGCUGAGUAAAGGUCAUGAGUGUGUGAGAAUUGACGCCGGAACGCUGAGGCUAACCAUGACACAGCACCUUGGGUAAAUAGAGCUCUGAAUAUGUCGACAGAUGAUCAAAAAUUGGAUCAUAAAUUAUUCUACAGGGCCUAAAUACUGACAUUUACCUCCUGAAUGUAUGUUGUUGUUGUUGUUUCAUUUAGACUAAACUGUACCGUGAACUGUUUAGGGAAUCCAUUGAGCUCCACCUGCUGCUCUGAGACGCCAAUAAUGAUCUGCAGGUACUGUGAUGCGUUAAAACAGGGGCUGUGGAACAGAGACCUGGUCUCACAGAGCCAAGGAGAAACCGCCACCGCGUUCAGGGCAGCGCCGAAACCACCACACGCUCUGUGCCAAAACUAACACCUUCAUGGUCUCAUCCAAAUGCAAUAGUGCCAUUCUGUGAAGACUGCUCCCAUCUCACGCCUUCCCAUGUCAUCGAUCACUGUGUAAAAGCACAGAGCGAUGAAACCACGUUCGGGUUUCACAAAAGAGGCACUAAGGACAAAAAAAGGAAGUGAAGGUGGAAAGUUUUUAAAGACUGUUAGCUUAAAAAAAGCUUUUAAUCUGCUUGAGGCAAAUAUUUGAUGUAAAAUCGGAAGCGGGGCCAAGGAUAUGACAUGCCGACUAGUUGCCUUGAGCAAAUCCCUGAUUUCUCUAAGCUGCCCUUAAAGGAGUCAUGUGUAAAACCUACAGGUACGGCUGCAGUACGACAGCAGACUACUGAGUCCAACCAACGCUAACUAUACUAACCUUUAGAUUAAAUGCUAACUCGUCGUUCCAGCUCAUUUUAUCUCCAACCCACCAGGUUGUCGGUGCAUUCACUGCAGCCAGUAACGCGUCGAAGCAUCGUUAAUGUGAAAGCACACGAGAUCAGGGUGUCGAAUACUUAGAGGUUUGCACACUUGAGCCAAAUUGGAGCGUAUUCUUAAAAAAAGAAAAGACGCCGCUAAUGGGAGACAGACGUUGCGGCUGCUGAGAGGAGGGAGUUCGGGUACGCGGUUGUUCCAGGGACCAGUGCAGCCAUCACCAACGCUCCUGCACCCACGUCAGACGCCGGAGACUUAAACGGAAUCGUCCAAAGAUGUAGGAGGCUGAUAUAGAGAUACAUUUGCACCGCGUGUCUUUGAAUGCAUCAGCAGUUCACCGUAUCUAUCAGGACAGACGAUAUAUUCCAAUAUCAUACAAAAUUAAUUUUUGCUAUUUGAGCAUUGAGCAGAACAUGUAACUGUUACAGGUUGACAAUGUAAUUGCACAGCAUACUGCGCAACAGUGGUCAGUGUUCCCUUUGCUUUGGGUUUUGGUGCGUGUAUGUGUGCGUGUGUGUGUGUGCGCGUGUGUGUAUGUAUAUAUAUAUACAGUAUUUGUACUUAAUAUUGUGUGUGUUUUAAGGGACCUUGUGCAAGAUGUGUUGUAGAGAUAGUCUUGAAACUAGAGAGUGAACACUGCUGAUAUUUCCCUUCAUAGUGCUUUACUGCCUACUUCCGCUACCUGCACAGAUUCCAGUGCACGUCUCACCACGCUGUUACUUUUCGAGCACGUCAAAGCAAAAACUGAGCUUAUUUCUAGGCGAACGUUGAAUCGUGAGCUGUGAAUGACAGUCGCUGACGCUUAGACUUGUAAAUCUCUUGCCGUUAAGCGAUUCUGUCUCGCCUGCUUUGAUGUGCUUGAUGAAUAACCUCACAGCAUCCUUUCAAAAUGCCUUUAAACGUCCAGUUGUUCUGCCUUUCAGCCAUGUGCCACGUUGUACAAUGCCCAGCAGUGACCUGGCGAACAGUGUGAUUGUAGCCCGCUCCGGGCGCAUUUACCUCCACAGCACGGGUCAGCAGUAGAUUUACUGAUUCAUCCACGCCACCGCUAACUUUAGCCGCAAACACCAAACUGGGAGCUGCUCAAACGAGCAUUUGAAAAGCGAUGGACUAAUGCCAACUUAAACUUAAAUAUUUAGCAGCAUUUCAUCAAUAAAUCUCCAACAUGAAGAUGUAAUAUUCUUAAGCUGAAACUAUGUAACCAUUUGGUGUUAAUGGUUAAUAAGGAUCAAAGAGGAAUAAAAUGAGCAUUUAUUAAUGACUUGCUUUUCAUUAAGUAAUGCUUCAUUUUGAGUGGCUCCUCCGUACACAGAACACACUGUACUGGACAUGAAUGUAGCCAACUAUAUAACACUUACACCAGUCUGUCCUCACAAUACAGCUCAAGUAGGCAAAUCAUUGCGACAUCUUUUCAGAUUUAGUUCAACGAAACAAAACAGCACAAUAGAAGUAACUAAUCAUUGUGUAAACCUACGGCAGGACGCAAACUCCUGCGUAUCAGCUCCGCCAUGAGACGCAGCCACAGCUCUGCCUCAGAACCUGCACCAUGCGUUUAGUUGACUGAAUAACUAUUAGACAAAUGUGGUCUUGCCUGCAUGAAUUCUUUUAUUUGUUGUGUAUAAAUAACAUUGUGAACUGUAUUUUUUGUAUCAUUGAGAUUGUGACUGUUGUUUUUAUUAUAUUGUACAUAAAAGCACUUUAUUUUAAUUUUUUAAGAUACAUAAAUAAAAUACAUGUUUUGACUUUU